GUUUAAAUCCCUACAACACCUUAAUAUUCAUACCUACCUAAUUUUUUUUAAAUACUCUGUUGAACACCAUUGUCUAUCAUACUAGUAUUAAUUGCAUGUCACCAAUCAUGUCGAAUUUUCUCUAUGUGAUCUGUAUAUUUGCUUUUACUUACGUCGUAGAAAGUUCUUGGAAUGUUACUAUAAAUCAUAAUCCAAAUUGUAAUCUCUCGAAAGGAUGUGACAAAUAUGAUGUGAUAUACAUAAAUGGUCGUAAUUUAACAUCUUCAGUACAUGUGUUUAUAACAGCAUCAGAACGCUUUUCUCUUCCAUCAAUUUUGAUUAUUCACAGUUCAUCAGCUGAAGCUAAUCCUGUAAUAGAAUGGGAGAAUUUAAAUGUUUCUUCUGGAAAAAGAUUAAAUAUCGGUAAUGUGACCCAGUCAUAUGCUCUUGUAUUUUAUAAAAUGCUUGAAUAUAAUGAUUUAUCUGAUGAUGUAAACAUGUCCAUUUAUCCUCAAAAUUCUGAUCAAAUUCGAAUCCACCAUUUAAAUGAAUAUAACUGGAAGCGUAAUUCAAACAACGAUAGUUCAUUAUUCUUUGAAAAUAAUUUAUUUGAAAUAACAUACAAUGGAAGUAGUCCAAAAUUGACUUCACCAUACGAGCAAGUUAUUAUUAAGUUUCGAAUAAGUAAUACAACUCAACAUCAUAAAGAUAUGCCACAUUUAUUAUUUAAACCUGGUUGGAUUAUUCAAUUUGAUAUUUUAUUCAAUAAUUUAACUAGUAAUUUUAAUCAAAGUCGAUUUGGUUUACAAUUAAUGAUGAUGUCAAAUUUAACCUUAGAUCCAACUGAAGAAUUUCGUAAAGAAGUUUUAUUCAGUAUUGACGAUGAAUUAACACCUGGAAAUUUUGAGAUGACCAAUAUUUUAUUAGGUGAAUCAGUAUCUAAAAUGAAUAAUAAUGCUGAACAAUAUUCAAGGAAUUCAACUCAUCCAUCAGCAUUCCUUCAAAUUAAACCAGCUUGUUUCAUUGAUAAUCAUUUGCGAACAGUUCAAAAUAGUCGUAAUGUUUAUAUUGGUAAACAUCAAGAUUUAUUAGAGUAUAAUAAAAUGGGAAAUGAUAAUUUAUCUCAAUUUCAUUUACUUCAUUAUUCAUUUCCAUCAAUAUUUUAUGCGGAUCGAUUAAAUCCUAAUGGUAACAAUGAUACUAACCUGAAACCUAUUGGUAUUCGUUUAUUAAAUGUAUCAUUUGGUACAUCGACUGAUGGAUUUUAUGCUAAAUCGAAAUUUAUUGUUUGGACUGCGUCGUUUGGUCUUGGCAACCCGCCUACUGAUAAUCUAUCUUCUUUAUUGAUUGGAUUGAUUAUAUUCUCGAUGCUAAUCAUUGUUAGCUCUGUAGUUUUAGGCAUUCUACUUGUCAUUGUUUUACGUCGAAGCACUACUAUUAUCAAUAAUGACAGACAACCGAUUCUUAGUCAUUUUGUUAAUGAUCCUAUUGCUUAAAUUGAAUUUUUGCCCUUUUAUAUAUUUUGUCCAAAUUUUCGUUAUUCCUUGAGGAGAGACAGGGUGGGGUAAACAAGAACCUGAGGAAAGAACCACAAAUCCCAUGAAUCGUUAAUUAUUAUUUUAUGAUUUUCUUCAUUGUUGAUUGUAUUCUCUUGUAUUAAUUCAUUUGUGCCUUUAUAAUAUGCGGAAAUCCACAUUUAAUAUAUAUAUACUUCUGUGAUUUGCAUUGAGAAAAUAUUGAUUACACUGUUCUGUGUUAGCUGGAUAAUUGUGGCCGAGAAAUGGGUUAUACAAAAAAAUUAACCAAAAUCAGGUAGAGUGAAAGAGGGGUCAACAAUUUCCUUCUUAACUCUGUACAAUCACAAAUAUGGGUAUGAAUUUAAGGGAAAACAGAUUAAAUCAACAAAUGGAAUAGGACUGAUAUCAAGGUUUAUAAAUACAUCCACUCUACUGGGACUAUCUUCAAUCAUUGAUUAUUACUACCACGCAGACUCUUCCAGGAAAGCCUACGACUAACGACUAGUGGUUUCAUGGUCUGGUAUUAUACUUAGAAUGCCUACCCUUAGCUUUUCUUCAAGCCACUGAUGGAGGUUAAUGGAUGAUAUAGAUUUCAGUCACCACAGUCGAUCAACAUUAUUCUAUAAACGGACUCGCCAUUUCUAUGCAGUACUCUACAUUUAACUCUAGGGACUACUACAAUUGCUAAGUCGUUCAUCAAUAAAAGGCAAAACAAGCAUGACUUCGGCCAAUCUUCAACGACUGACCAGAUGUAAAUAUCUCAAACUCACACGAGGUUAGUCGCUGCUUAAAUGGCUUAGUGGUAACGCUUCGAACAGUGAUGUGGUUUUGAAUUCGAUACGGAGAAUCUGUCUUCAAGAUUAUAGGCACGCUUUGUUGAGUAAUCUCAACCAGCACGAAACAUAGGCCGACGCCGUUCCCAAUCGGUUAUCUCCAUGAUACUAAUUUGAAGUUUCCUCACAUAUUCAAAGCAAAAAUAGAUUAUGUGAGUGAGUGUUGGUUCUAUAUGAUAGAUAUCCUUAUUCUAGUAAGAUCGUUAAAUUAUUAUUCAAGAUGCAAACCCACAAAAAUCAAGUUAUGGAUUAUAUACAAAAUAAAGAAUUAAUGAUUUAAUCUAGCACCAGAGAAGUGUUCCAUACUAGCACACAAUCGGUUUUGAGUCAAAAUAACUUAUAUGCAGAUAUGUAAUACCACUUUAGCUGUUAAAAUCAAAUUAGAUGUAGGUUUUUCCAGUAGAAAAUCCGAAAGUCUAAUGAUUAGUGAGCAACUGUUCAUCUAAUCAUCGUAGCUAAAUUUAUCUGUAACAUUCUGUUAAAGUGUGGUGUGAUUUUCAAAAUAAAAAGUGAUCAUAUCUAAGCGUAUAGCUUGUUAGUUGGAUUAGAAAUUGCUCCUAGAAGCAAACUAGUUUCAAGGAUAAUAAUACUUAAUUACUUCAGUCAAUAUAUGGGACCAGAUCACUACAGCUCUUGUGUAAAAUAUUAGAUAUAUGUAAACUGUUAUACUCAAGUUCAAAACAGGGACAAAAUGUAGUUCAUUUGCUGCUCGAAUCCGUUAUGUAAUGAUUCAUGGUUUAGCUUAUUUCAUUUCAGUAAACGGAAUGCACCGACUAAGACACUAAACAAGGGAGAUUGUUUCGGUGAAUUCAUUUUUAAAGCUGUGCAAUCGCAAAUGUAUAUACUUAUUUUGCAGGAUAAUAAUUACAAUAAUAAACUUCUGUUAGACAUUACGACAGUGAAGCAGAAUAAACAAAGCUAUUAGAAAAAAGAUUUUCUUUUUGAAACAAGGAAACUAGUAGUCGUGUGAUUGCUAAUGGCUUAUAUAUUCAUCAAAAGAUAGGGAAAUUAUCAUUGGGAAAAGGAUGGCCCAGCGUGAUAAGAUAAAACGUUGAAAUCGGGAUUAAAUAUAAUCAGGAGGUUCAGAGAAUCAGAAGUAAACCAGUUGGGGGUAGGCUUAAGGAAAUGGAAGCAGAUAGCUAUAAAGGAAGAGUAUGAAGAAAAGAAGUCAUGAUAACUUUGUCACAAUAGCAAAGACUAGUUGCCAUUCAGAUGCGUAGUAAUUAAGUAUUAUAGUAACUAUCCCGACAGGCAUAAGUUAUAUCUUGAUGUGUAUGUUUGGUUUGUCUGUCAUGAUGAUCCAGUGGAGUUGGGACACAUCCCUUCAGGUUCUACCACGUUAGAUGUUUUUUGAAUAGUACCAUCAAGACCAGCAACUUAAGGUCUGAGGGCAAAGCUAUACCAUUGACCUUACAGUGUUAUAACGGCAGUAAGAUGUCCCCUCAAAGUAACUAGCAACUGCAGCGAUCCUCCCUUCUUACAACAAAAGGAAGGACUAGGAAUAGGUCGGUCGUAAAAAUUACACACCUUAACCCAAAGAUCCCCGUUUCCAGCGACAAACAUGGAGCUAACGCAUCAGGUUCCUCAUCAAAUAUUCUUUUGAGGAUGGGGUAAGCCGUAAGUGAUAAGCUCCCCCAUGUCUUUAGCAACUAUUAUCAUACUGACUGUGGUAACUAAUUGCCGGAUUUAUUUAAACCUAACUAUCAGUGUCUAUGCACUUGAGUGUAGUAGAUGACUUACCCACCUAUUUAUUAAAUAUUAAUUGAACUCGACUGUCUUUAUCACAUAUUUGCGCUCGUUUUCUCACUGAGCUGAGGUUUCCCAUGGUAGUUCCUAGAACAUAGUGCCAGUUCCCUCAGCUGCAUUGUCUUGUUGCUGCCUGCAUGCUUCUUCAUAGAUCGAUUUAAGCCAAGCUAAUAAUAAAUUGUCGUUGAGGUUUGUGAAAAUCAUAGUAAAUCGAGCACCGUGUUUCCAUGAACAAAAUUUUAGCAUGAGUUAUGAAUUAAUUUACACCUGAAAUAUGCACCAGAGGUGUAUAAUCGCGGUCACAUUGCUUAACUAAUGAACGUAUGCUAAGAUUUGUUGUAUGUAGAAAGGUUUAUGACAAAGUAGAUGUAGGAUUACCUGACCAUAUCUGUAGUCCCAUGCAAAAUAGCCUUUUAUUAGUGCUCAUUCACAAACCCUCUACUUUAGACACGAAAGGUGCAUUCUUAGGAUAAGUUGUACAACUCUCUGCCAAUAAUCAGAAAUAAUCCUUGAUAUUGACGCACAAGUUCCUUAAAUGAUCAACAAAGCACUUAUGAAGCUUCUUUCUAGGGACACUGUAACAGCAACAGGUACUGAACAGUUAUACUCAGUAAUUCAUAACGGCUGUUAGGAAAGUCGUGAUUGCACUUAUAAGGACAUUUUCCAGUUGACAUUACUUAGUAUUCCGGUCUUUUAAUUCCCUAUAGAAGUGUAACUUCAAGUCAGAAGCAUACAACUGGAUAGGCAUUUUUAGUAAAGUAUAUGACCAAACUAGCGUACUUAGAUCCUGCCAACAGAAUCUAGCACUUGUCAUUACUCUUACUAGCAAUACCGAUUGUAGCGGAUGGUAUGAGCACCGAAAUCCAUAAUUAUCACCGACGGAUGUACUUUC